AUGGCAGGAAAGGAUUAUCAGUUGGCUUCAAUGUUGGAAGAAUACUCGCAUAUAUUAGAGGUUGGAAUUAAGGAUUGGGCUCCUUUUGUAAGUACCAAGGAACUAUCUAAGUUUCAUCUUUUAGCCAAAGCUUUGAAUUUGGAAAAGAAGGAAGUGGAGCUCAACAUUAAGCCAAAAGGUGGAACUCAUGGUUUUACUCUGAUGUUUUUGGUAGAGAAAGCCAUUGCCUUUGCUGAUGUUGGGAGUUGGAAUACUUUCAAAGAUGUUUUCUCUUUUCUCCUCUAUGGGAUUGUGUUAUUUCCUAGUAUGGAAGACUUUGUGGACCUUACAUCUAUUCACAUCUUCUUGUCCAAGAAUCUGGUUCCUACGCUACUUGCUGACACUUACUACUCUAUUCAUGUAAGGACUCAAAAGAAGGGUAUUAUUGUGUGUUGUGUGCCUCUGCUGUAUAAGUGGUUUAUUUCUCACCUUUCUAAUAAUGGUCCUUUCAUCGAGAACAAGGACAAUCUCAAGUGGUCUCAGAGGAUCAUGUCUCUGAAUGCUGAAGAUAUUCUAUGGUACUCCAGAGCUUAUGAUGAUGUCAAGCUUAUCCUUAAUUAUGGUAAUUUCCCCAAUGUGCCCCUCAUAGGUACAAAGGGUGGAGUUAACUAUAAUCCGAGGUUGGCAUUACGUCAGUUGGGUUACCCGUUGAUGCAUAAGCCAGAUCCUGAGCAUGUAGAGGAGUUUGUUUUGUAUGAAGGGGUUGACAAUCUAGAGAUACUAAAGAAGAUCGUUAGAGCUUGGAGAGAGGUUCAUAUUCAAGGAAGGUAUGAGUUAGGGAAGAAGAAUUGCAUUGCCAAUGAAGCUUAUAUGUAG